AUGCUCAAAGAUUGCAUAGAAUUCGCCAAAGGGUGUCAAGGAUGCCAAAAAUACGUCGAGAUUCAACGCGUUCCGGCAAGUGAGCUACAUGCAAUAAUCAAACCAUGGCCAUUCAGAGGAUGGGCCGUAGAUGUAAUAGGAGAAAUUAAACCCACAUCAUCAAAAGGGUAUAAAUACAUUUUGGUAGGGAUAGACUAUUUCACAAAAUGGAUAGAGGCAAUUCCUUUGAAAGAUGUCACUCAAGAUGAAGUUAUAAGUUUCAUCCAAAAAUCUAUUAUCUAUAGAUUUGGUAUUCCAGAAACCAUUACCACAGACCAAGGAUCUGUGUUUACUGGUCGAAAGAUGGCAAAAUUUGCCGAAGACAUAGGAUUCAAAUUGCUGACUUCGACACAAUAUUAUGCACAAGCGAACGUAGAAAUUCUGCUUCAGUCAACUAGAAUCCAGAGACAAUGUGAAAUACCGGUUAACCAUUAUUGGAACAUGGUCAUGGAUGAAUUGAUCGAUCUAGAUGAAGAAAGAUUAACUGCAUUGGAAGUCCUUGCAAGACAAAAGGAAAGGGUAGCAAAAGCAUAUAACAAAAAGGUGAAAUCGAAAAUUUUCACCCAGGGAGAUUUGGUGUGGAAAGUCAUUUUACCAAUGGACAGAAAAGAUAGGACUUUGGGAAAAUGGUCACCCAGCUGGGAAGGACCAUGGCAAAUAUUGAGGGUUUUUUCGAACAAUGCAUAUGAAAUCGAAGAAUUAAAUGAAGAUCAAAGGAUCUUGCGAAUAAACGGAAAGUACUUGAAAAAGUAUAAACCGACACUGCAAGAAAUUAAAAUCAUGCAAGAAUGA